CCUAUCCUAAGAUCUGUUUGGAAGAGUGUCAAGUCCAGAUUUGGACUGGGCUCUUCUAUCUAUAUAAAUUCUGUGUCCUUGACAUACUCAGUGCCUCCAUCUUCCUCUGGUGAGAUUUAUCAAGAUGAAGAAUUUUGUUCUUCUUGUGUUCUCUGUCCUUCUGUUCUGCACAGUUGCUCAAGGUCUUGUUUGCAACGUUUGUGACGUCAAACUGGGCUAUUGGUGUGUUAUAUCUGGAGAACCCUGCAGACCUGAGGAAGGCCAGCUGUGUGAGGUGACCGAGGUUUAUUUAGCUGGCUUCCAGUUUUUUAAAAAAUAUGGAUGUGGUGAACAUAGAGAACUCUGUGGCAAGUCCGAGGAGAGGGACACUCCCUUUAAAAGAACCUACAAGCGUACUUGCUGCGAUACCGACUUAUGCAAUAAGGAUUAAGCUUCAACUUCCAAUGUUUAGCACAGCUCAGCUUGGCAAGGCAGGGAAGAGCUGCAGGGUGUAAAGGCUGACCCUGAUGUUUGUUUGUUUUUUCCUCUCUUCCUCUCUAAAAGAAACACCCAAAUUGUUCUCUCAUCCCCUUUUUUUUGUUGCCGUCCCUAACUACGCAAGCACAUUGUCUUGCCUUCCGACACUUUGUGAUCAUAAUGGCAGCUCACACCACAAAGCUGCACAGUUUGUGAGCCCUUCAGAGGAAACAUGGUCUAACACCAGUGGUGGGAUUCAAAUACAUGAACAACCAGUUCUCUGUGUGGAUGCCACUUCCAGAAGUCCAUUCUGGGCCUGGGUAACAUAAAAUUAGCUACUGGUUCUGCCGAACUGGUGCGAACUGGCUGAAUUCCCACCACUGUCUAACACCCAUUUCUGGGGGCACACUUCAGAAAUUUUGGAGGUUGGAUGGCAUCUCCUCUAUACUCUCCUGAGCAAUUACACAGCUGUACUCCACUCAGUGGGUGAUUGUAUUUGGUAGCACCCUGAAUUUCUGCCCCAAAACAAAUCUUAAAGACACCAUUCCCAUGCUAUUAUUCCUGCCUCCCAAGAAAAUGUUUAAGCUGCAAUGUGGACUGUGUUUGCUUGAUAGUUCACAAGUCACAUAGGUCCAUAAACAAGAUAUUAUGGGAUGGAAGACUUCACCUAUGAACGGAGACAUCCAUAGAAUCAAAGUGACUGAAAGAAUUCUGCAAUGCACAAAAAAACAGAGUGCGCACUGCAACAUCAAUUUCAUUAUUUGCCUGUCCUCCACCCACCCCACUCACUCCCCUUGUGUGCAGUGUAUGCAUUCGACUGCAUCAAUUUCUGCAUUUUAUAAAUAUAUUGGCCAUCAGGAGAAAUAGAGGACAAUUAACAGAGAUGCUGUACUUUUUCUUUUUUCUGUCUCCUCACAAUUAUUCUCCUUUUCUUACCUCUACCUGGCAUGCCCCCUAUUGGUGAGACCAAUACCCUGAUGUCUCAUAAGUUCUAGUUUCUGUUUUUUCUCCCAUGGAAAAUACUCUCAGCAAUUUUGCUCUUUUUCACUGGUACUGAUCGUAUCAGCCUUAAGGAACAGAUAGAGUAUGCAAAUUAAGCUUUUCUAUCAUAUAUUGGUUAUUUUUUUUUCUUUCCAUGGUAGAAACUAAAAAAGGAGGGGUGCCGGUUUUAUCUACAGCAGGAAAAAAAAUGCUUGCUUGUUAAGGGAUAAAAAUGAAAGAUGUUUCUUUCACUUUUGCAGCAUCUGAACCUAUAUAAGGAUCAUGUAUAUAAAGAGAAGGAUGUGCUGGCUUGGCUUCACGUUUUGUAUUAUUGCUGUUUUUUUCAUCUAAUGCUCUGAUAUUGUACACCUUUCUAAUCACUUUGGCUUGGAGGAAUGAAUAAAACUGAUUAAUUGACCACCGGAA